AUGUUCCAACCGCUUUUAGCGAGUACACCAGAAAAAAGAUCGUCUAGUUCUGCAAGCCUCAUUGAUUUGUAUGAUUCAGACACCGAUUUAAGUAGUUUGGGAUCACCACAAAAGAGAAGACUUCCCAAUGAACCUGAGUGGGUUGACUUGGAUAAUUCAAGCGAACUUUUGAGUGCAAGCCCCCUUGUUCAUGAGGAAAUAAUCCCGGUUAACGAGAGUCAAUUAGAAAUGGAAACUUUACAAGAAAGUGAAACAGCGUGGCUUGAUUUAGAUGUCAGUGCCUCCAAAACUACAGAUGCUACGAGUAUUUCUCUUCACGAUGCCGAUACUUCAUUGGGGCAUGACGAAACGCCGCAGGAUUUUUCCUGCGAUUCUCUCCACGAUGCGGAUUCCUCUUUGAAAGUUCUAGAAACAGAAAAAUGUGAACCAGAUUGUGCACCUCCAGAUCAUCAUUGGCUCAUUUCAAGUGUCAAAGGGAAAAAUGUUUUCCUUCACCUAUCAAAAUCAGAAAAUAAGUCGUACAUCAUUCAGUGGCUUACGAACAUAGCAGCAGCCACUGUGAAGUCAUUUCUUAACAAACACGUGGAUUUUAUCAUAACUGAUCGAGAGGAAACUGGGAAAAAGUCAUUUCGCAAUAAGCUAAAAAUCUCCAAUGAAAAACGAAGCUCUCUGAUGCUUGGAAUUGCAACUACUAAAGUACCAGCAAUAAGAGGAUCGUCUUCCGUUUUUAAAAUUGCGUCUACUUGGAACAUAAAAAUCUUAAAAUAUACUGAUCUAGUGUCUUGCAUGGAAGAAUACCAAUAUAAACCAAUCCGGCUGGAUUUAUCUGCUAGACGAGACGAGGAAAUUUUGUGGAUCAUUUCCAUUAACUGUUGCGCAAAAAAGUGCAUGAGGCAACUGUCUGUAGAAGACAUAAGAUAUGCUGAAGCAAAGAAAAAGGCAGGAAAGCGAAACUAUUUUUUAGAGUACCUGCAUCAACACAGUAGCUCUGAUGAUUCCAAUGAACUACAAACUGAAUUUUAUGUAAAAGGAAAGAUUGUGUGUAGGGAAGCAUGGCUUCUUGCACACAAUUUAAAUAAGGAAACCUUUAGACGAAUUUGGGGAAAAUUUAAAGAUGGUGCAAAUGUGCUGGAGCAUGGGAAUAAAGGAAGGAAGUCAAUCACUAGCAAGACUGCAGAUUGCAUUGCCUGGUUGCAGUUUUUUGUUAGCUGUGUAGGGGACCACCAACCAGACAAUGGUGGCAUCCAUUUACCAACAUGCUUUACUAAAAGUGACAUUUACAAAAAAAUGCUGGAGGAAAAUAAAGCACUCAGUCAGCCAACAGUAUCCCUUUCUCAUUUUUAUGGCCUAUGGGAAAGGAAUUUUCUUCAUGUCACCAUUCCCAAGGAAAAUCGCUUUACAAAAUGCACAGACUGCACAAAAUACAAGCAGGAGAAAGAGAAAACUGUGGACAAAGCCAGAAGGGCUGAAAUUGAUCACUUGCUGAAGCUUCAUCUUGAUUUAGUCUGGCAGGAAAGGAGGGUGUACUAUCUUCACAGGUAUAAAGCCAGGAGGUACCCAUCAAAGUAUGUGGCAAAUAUUGCUGAUGGUAUGGACCAACACACCACAAAUGUCCCAAGUGUGCGCCGAAUUACCAAGGCAAUGUCUGCACUUACGACUGUGGGAACACACCUUGUUGGUUCCAUUAUUCACAAUGGACAAGCACAAAAUGGAAAGGAGAUUUAUGGGUCAUUUGACUACUACCAGUAUCCUCAUGACUCUAAUCUCACUAUGACAGUUCUGUUGGAAGUCCUUGUAAGAUGGUCGGAGGAAUUUGACCUACCACCCAUUCUCUAUCUGCAGUUUGACAACUGUGUUAGAGAAAACAAGAACCGCUACAUGUUUGCUCUAUUGGCACUUCUGGUUGAAGAGAAAAUUUUUGAAAAAAUAAGAGUUAACUUUCUCCCAGUGGGACAUACCCAUGAGGACAUAGAUGCCUUUUUUGGGGUUUAUUCAAAGCACUUAGACAAACUGGAUGUUUACACAGUCACAGAAUUACUGAAGGCACUGGAAACAUGCAUGAAGAAUCCAACACCCAAGCCCUAUAUGCUCAAGAUGGUUUAUGACAUAAAAUCAUGGAUUAGUGAUUAUUGUGAGGAGUUACAUGAACACACAGUUCCAAAGUGCUUUAAAUUUACAUUGAAUGAGGAUGGAAAAGCAGUUAUGCACUACAGAAAUUGGAGCCAUGAGCCAUGGAAAGAGCCCAUUGCAAUGCUGAAGAGUUUACCCUCUGGAAAGCCAAAUACUGUGACUCCUUCCCUACAUAAACUGGACAUGGAGGGAUUGAAGAGAGAUAUUCCCACCAAAUAUCCCAAGAAUAUGCCCUUAAAAGCAUCUGAAGAGUGGGAAUCCUGGUUAGCAAAUACAGAGUUUAAUCUAUUAUCAGUACCUGACAACUACACUUGGCCAGUGGAUAAAUUGAAGAAUACUUCAAGGACUGUUUUAGCCUCAAAUGCUGAACUCCCUCAUGAACUUUUAGAGCUCAGAGAGAAAGAGAUCCAGCCUAUCACAGAGAUUUACACAGGCCGUUACAGGACCCCGAGGGAAAGGGAAGCGCCUAUUGAAAUGGUAGACGAUUUCCUCGCUACUCUUCAAGUCAGCUGCUUUGUGGCUUUGUACUUCGCCAAUUACGAUAAACUGCCCUGCAUUGGCAAGGUCCUGGCCGUCGAGGAGGACAAUUUUAAGGUGCAUUACUGGAAAGGCACUUACUGUGGAAAGUGGACUCCUCAGCAUGUUCCCCGACAAAAAUCCAGACCAUGGGUGGAGAUCCUUCCUAAGAGCUGUAUAGUGUGCAGUUCAUUUGAGCUUACGGAAGACAACAAGCUAAUGCCAUCAACAAGAAAAUUUCUCAAGGAAAGAUAUGUUGCUUUGAGGACAAUUCAAUCUUGA